UUUAUCAGGGUUGGGCAAGGCGAGGGAGAGAUCUCCGUCCAUCGUGUGCAGAGGCAGGAGUUGGGACAGGAUGUAUUUCCCACUCACAUGCAUAUGGAUAAAUUCUCCCAGAAAUCUCAUGCGUCUUCUGUAACUUCCUAAGGUCUCAUUUUAAGGUUAUCGUGAACUUCACAGCAGUCCAGUCUCUUGCUGACCUGGAGCUUCGGAGCAGCUGUGCCUGCCCUUGCACUGGAGAUGGGGAAAGGCUGCGAAGAGAGGGGAUGGCAGGGGCGGAGACAUCUGUUCAGCGCAGACCGCACUGAACACAGGGCGUUCUCAUCAAAGAAUAAAAAGCAUCUGGAGACACACUGAAAGAAAACAUCCUGGCAGAGGGACGUAGUGUCUAACUUUCAAAAAAUACAGUUACUUAGAUUGAAAGAAGGAAUAAAUCAUUAAGAGUAAUAAGAAUAAUAAGAAUCAAAUCUUGGCCAGCUUGCCAGCCUCAAUGGACACACGCAUGAGGAACAUGCCCAAGAAAGGAGGGAAGCAUGCUGAAAUGGGAAAAGAAAUUCAGACGCAGUGUAAACGGGCAAAGGUGGAAGCAGAGUCAUCUGCAUCCAUCAUGAGUUUUGAGAGCCCAGAUAGUCUCUUUGGAAGCUUGAUUUCUCCCAUCAAACAAGAGGUGUUUUUCAGGGAAUAUUGGGAACAAAAGCCACUGCUUGUUCAGAGAAAUGAUCCCACGCUGGCUGCUUACUACCAGUCCCUGUUCCAGUUAUCAGAUUUGAAGGAGCUGUGCAGCCAGGGUCUAUACUAUGGGCGAGACAUAAAUAUUUGCAGAUGCGUGAAUGGUAGAAAGAAAGUUUUAAAUAAAGAAGGCAAAGCAAACUACAUGCAGCUGAAGAAGGACUUUGAUCAGAAAAAGGCAACAAUACAGUUUCAUCAGCCUCAGAGAUUCAAGGAGGAGCUGUGGGCGAUUCAGGAGAAGCUGGAGUGCUAUUUCGGGUCUCUGGUUGGGUCGAAUGUUUACAUUACUCCCCAGGGCUCGCAGGGCCUUCCCCCUCACUACGACGAUGUUGAGGUGUUUAUCCUUCAGCUGGAAGGUGAGAAACAUUGGCGACUUUAUAAACCAACAGUGCAUUUAGCUCGGGAAUAUAAUGUUGAAUCAAAAGAUAUAAUUGGGAAUCCCACACAUGAAUUCAUAUUAAAGCCAGGUGACUUACUGUACUUCCCAAGAGGAACUAUUCACCAAGCUGACACUCCUCUUGGGAUUGCCUACUCAACACACGUGACCAUCAGUACAUACCAAAACAACUCCUGGGGAGAUUUCUUACUGGAUGCAAUUCCUGGCCUUGUGUUUGAUACCGCAAAAGAAGAUGUGGCAUUGCGGAGAAGCAUACCAAGGCAACUGCUUAUGCAGGUGGAUAUAGCUGACUCAACAAAAAAAAUGAGUAGCCUCUUGAGAAGGCUUGCAGACCGCCUGGAAAACACCUCAGAACUGAGAUCAUCUGACAUGAAGAAGGAUUUCAUUAUGAACCGGUUGCCGCCUUGCUUGGGAUGUGACUCUGAUGUUUUGACUCCAGGUGGGAAAUUGCCAAAAAUAGAUAGCAAGAUCAGGCUGCAGUUUAGAGAUCAUGCUGUCAUUACAGUGGAACCAGAUCAAGAGAAUUCUGAUGAAAUUCGCAGAGAAAUGGUUUAUGUGUAUCAUUCUUUGAGGAACAGGAGGGAAACGCACAUGAUGGGGACUGAAGAUGAUAGUACUAGUGAGGAACGCACAACACAGCAGACUCAUGGAUUGCGGUUUCCUUUGUCGUACCUGGAUGCACUGAAGCAGAUUUGGAGUAGCAGCACUGUUUAUGUUAAAGAGCUUAAUCUUACUUCGGAUGCAGAGAAAGUGAACCUUGCCUUAUCACUAUGGACUGAAUGUCUAAUUGAAGUUGUUUGAUGCUUUUGUGUAUUAGCUGCUUCUGCAAGUAGCAUUUCUGGUCUUUAAGAGUCUCUGGAGAGAAAGGCUUAUUAAAUUACUUUUUUUUAUCCAUCCAUUCUUUGGUUUGUGUUGCUGUCUAACAGAGCAUUGCAAUACAUAUACUCUGCCAAAUGUUAUUCUUUCCUUAGCUUUGGGAAAAUGGGCAUCAGGAAAAACUGGUAAGCUGCUCCUUGUCCAGUGAGCCACUGCUCCAAGCCUGGGGAUGGAAUAAGACUCUCAUAGUAACACCAGUGCUGUGGUAUCCUCCUUUAUGGGAGGAUAUCAAAAGGUAUUCAUGGAGCAGGAUCCAGGACCUGGAACCAGUUGUACAUUCACCAGCAAGAAAAAUCUGUUUUGUUCUAUUUGUUUGCCCCAGAGAACAAAAACUUCUCAGUAAAAGCUGUGUAUGCUGUUUCCCAAAGGGAUAAGACUUUGCCAAGAAAACCCAUUUAUUCUCAGAUGUUGCUGCCUCUGGAAUAAACACACAAUGGUAUUUAACCUCUGCCUCCCUCAGC